ACAUGCAUCUGCUCCUUGCUGCUAGUCUCUUCUGCUGAGCGCUGACAGGACUGAGGGUCUUUCCAGUCUCAGAGCAACUGUCUCCAUUUCAGCACCGUCUGCCUGGUCCCAUCCAAUGGAAUUAGACAUCAUUACUUAAUCAUUAGUGUCCUGGCAGCUGAGUGGCUUUCAGCACUAAUAAACUGCCUUAAGUCUGUCUGGGAAUAGAAGACCGGGAAAAAAGAAAAAGUAGCCACCUUAUAUUCGUAGCGCCCGGUGGAAUAAAAGCUCAAUAGAUUUCAAUUAAAAGACUUUUAGUGCCACAGAUCUCCUUGUGCCAAGAUGGAUGAAACACAUAACAACAGGACUUCCUUGGCAAAAGGUGCCAAGGACAUCGCUAAAGAAGCCAAGAGGCAAGCUGCCAAAAAUUUCAACAAAGUUGCUGAUCGUGCCUCUGAUGAAUACUCUGCUCACCGCAGCUACAACCGCUUCCAGAACGAGGACGAAGAUGACAACUACAACACUUACAGUCAGCAAGACGGUCACUACGCCGACAACGCAGCCAACGACGAGGACGGGGCCUCCAGUGAUGCUACAGAGGGCCACGACGAUGAAGACGAGAUCUAUGAGGGGGAGUACCAAGGUGUGCCGGCCCACAAUGAUGGGAAGCUGCGGGACGGCCAGGUGGCUCUGGGGCAGGCGGUUUCUGACAGCUUAAAGAGCCGCAAGGAGCUGGAGAAUGAGAGACAGGCAGAUGAGGAGGAGCUGGCCCAGCAGUACGAGCUCAUCAUGCAGGAGUGUGGCCACGGGAGGUUCCAGUGGCAGCUGUUCUUUGUGCUUGGGUUGGCGCUCAUGUCAGACGGCGUGGAGGUGUUCGUGGUGGGGUUUGUCCUGCCCAGUGCCGAGACAGACAUGUGUGUCCCCAACUCCGGUGCUGGAUGGCUUGGUAGCAUCGUAUAUUUGGGGAUGAUGUUUGGAGCCUUCUUCUGGGGUGGCCUGUCAGACAAGGUGGGCCGUAAGCAGGUCCUGCUGAUAUCCAUGUCAGUCAAUGGCUUCUUUGCCUUCCUCUCAUCCUUCGUCCAAGGCUACAGCAUGUUCCUCCUCUGCCGCAUGGUGUCCGGCUUUGGGAUUGGUGGAGCGGUACCAAUCGUCUUCUCGUACUUUGCGGAGGUGUUGGCUCGGGAGAAGAGAGGAGAGCAUCUGAGCUGGCUCUGCAUGUUCUGGAUGAUCGGAGGAAUUUACGCCUCAGCCAUGGCCUGGGCCAUCAUCCCACACUAUGGCUGGAGUUUCAGCAUGGGUUCAGCCUACCAGUUCCACAGCUGGAGAGUGUUUGUUGUGGUGUGUGCGCUGCCGUGUGUCUCUGCAGUGGUCGCUCUCACUUUUAUGCCUGAGAGCCCCCGCUUCUUCCUUGAGAUGGGCAAACACGAUGAGGCCUGGAUGGUGCUCAAACAAAUCCACGACACCAACAUGCGCGCCCGUGGAGAGCCUGAGAGAGUCUUCACUGUGAACAGGAUCAAAAUCCCCAAACAGCUGGACGAGCUGGUGGAGAUGCAGAAUGAGUCAGCCAACCCUGUACUCAAAGUCCUCUCCAAGAUCAAGGCAGAACUCAGAGGAAUCUGGCUGACUUUUAUGAGAUGCUUCAACUACCCAGUCAGAGACAACACUAUCAAACUGGCUGCAGUGUGGUUCACUCUGUCUUUUGGGUACUACGGGCUCUCUGUUUGGUUCCCCGACGUCAUCAAGCACCUCCAGGCCGACGAGUACGCCUCCAGAGUAAAGAUCCACAACAACGAACGCACUGAAGACUUCACCUUCAACUUCACCCUGGAGAACCAGAUCCACAGAAACGGAGUCUUUCUAAAUGACAGGUUCAUCAGUAUGAAGUUCAAGGCGGUCACAUUCAUCGACUCCUCCUUCAUCAACUGCUAUUUCGAGGAUGUCUCCUCCAUAGCCUCCUUCUUCAAAAACUGCACCUUCAUAGACUCGUUCUUCUACAACACGGAUAUCGACGACACCAAACUAACAAACUCCAGAGUGAUCAACAGCUCCUUCCACCACAACAAGACAGGCUGUCAGAUGACAUAUGACGACGACUACAGUGCCUACUGGGUCUACUUUGUCAACUUCCUGGGAACGCUGGCUGUGCUGCCUGGAAAUAUCGUCUCCGCCCUCCUCAUGGACAAAAUAGGACGCCUCAGCAUGUUGGGUGGCUCCAUGGUGCUGUCAGGCAUCAGCUGCUUCUUCCUCUGGUUCGGCACCAGCGAGUCCAUGAUGAUCUUCAUGCUCUGUCUCUAUAACGGCCUCAGUAUCUCUGCCUGGAACUCCCUGGAUGUGGUCACCACUGAGCUGUACCCGACAGACAGGAGGGGCACAGGCUUUGGCUUCUGUAACGCCAUGUGUAAGCUGGCAGCGGUGCUGGGCAACCUGAUUUUUGGCUCACUGGUUGGCAUCACCAAGGCGAUCCCUAUCCUGAUGGCAUCAUCUGUGUUGGUUGGCGGCGGCCUGGUGGGGCUCCGACUGCCAGACACACGUGCCAAUGUCCUCAUGUAAAC